AUGGCUCCGACGCGCUCCAAGAAGCGCAAGUCGACUGAGUCUACAAGCUCUGAGGAUAUCCAGAACUUCCCAGCGCCGCCUCAGACGAUUCCCACGAAGACGCACAGUCCAGCGAGGACCCCUCCAAAUAGAAGCCCUAUCAGGAAGCAGAAGGUGGGAAUCACUCUGGCGCAGAAGCAGGCGUUGAUCGACAACCUGCAACUCGAGAUUACGGAACGCGCUCGGAAAUUACGCGCCCAGUACAACCUCCAAGCCCAGGGACUCAAGACGCGUAUCGAGAUCCGGGUCAACCGCAUCCCUAUGGCCCUGCGACGGGCAAAGAUGGGGGAUCUACAGAUGAAGUACAGCGAGAGUGUGAAGCCAGCAGCUACAACAUCCAAGAUCAGUUCUCCGCAGAAGAAUAUGUUGCCGGCCGGACAGAACAUUUCCCACAUCAGUCCAUCGCCGAAGCGCGCUCCAAAACGCUUGAGGUAUACCCAUCUCCCUACAAACAUCACCACUGGGGCUGUGCUAAAAACACUCAGCGACGACAUCUCCACCGACAAGGAAAAUGCCGACAUUGAGAACCCAAAGAAACGAGUCCGUGGUGCCAUUAUUCCCCCAGCACGCACCACCACCUCCAAAAUCGCCCCUUCGACGAUCCUCUCCCCCCGCUCAGCAAAUUCCCGCACCCUCCCGCAUUCUCCAAUCCGACCCGCACUCUCAAAGUCCUUCCUGGCGCGCCCAGUGUCCCCGCUCAAGCAAACAGCACCAAUGCACUCAGGGGCCGCAACUAGUCUUCUGACGAGUAUGGUUGAGAAAGCCAAGGGCACCCGCGCAGCAGCCACACGGAAGGUCACUGCUGAGAAACCCGCUCCGGCAACUGCAGGGCGAGGGCGACGAGUAGCACCACCAGCCGCGGCCCCAGUCAGAGCUGGACGAGGGAGGGCGAGCACGAUUAGUGAGAGUAGUGAGGGAAGCAAUGCGACGAUUGUGAAGAAGCAGGCUCCUGCUGUGGUGAAACCGGCGGUCAAGAAGUCGGUCAUGGGUACCUUAAAGGGGAUGGGCAGCAAGAAGAUGGCGGGCGGGACCAAGGCUUCUACGGCUCCUGCUGCGACGGCUGGAGGGAGGGUUUUGAGGAAGAGAAAUUGA